AUGAGUUACCUGUACCAAUCGAGAAAUCGUCUAUGGGAGAGCCAACCACCGAGGAUCAACCAGUCGAUGACCUUUGAAGUCGUCGAGGGAGCAUUUAAGAGAGGCCAGCAGAAACUGUUCGACAGCCGCGGCUACUUGUAUUGUGUUAAACGGCGGAGGAAUGCGAUCACAUACCGGCACUGUAGCUUCCAUGGCAAGUCCAACCACUGUCCGGCGUCAGUGAUUCAGCAUCCUGAGGGCUCUACCGUUGGAGUCGAACACAACCAUGCGGGAGAAGUUGGGCUCCCAGAGACUGCUAAAUUGACUGCCGCCAUCAAGAGAAAAGCCACCUGGAGCAGGUACCGCUGA